AUGGUUCAAGGCAACGCAAGAGCAGAUGCUGGAGGCUCUAGUCGGGAGUAUGGAAUCAAUUUUGAGGUCGCGCCUCCGACCACUGUCUCCCCUGGGGUUUCCAUAUCAUUACCAGUGGUUGUUGUGGUGAGACCGGUAGGAGCUCCAAGAGCCCCUACACAGCAGCUAGUUGCGCAUAUAUCGCUCAGGAACGAAGCCGGGACCGCCCCUGCUCCGGGGCUUACGGGAGUGCUUACGUCCAGUGUGCGCAGCAGCAGUGGGAAUACGAUCAGCGGUUAUGCGCGGUUCGGGCCUCUCAAGUUCACUCAGGCUGGGAGGUUCAGGAUGCGGGUCAUGCUCGGUGCUGCUUCGUCCAACGGUGUAUCUACGAGGGAGUAUGUUGAUUCUGGAAUUAUCACGGUACAAGCGGGUGCUGCACCUCCGCGUCCAACACCUGCACAAGUCUCCAAGCUACAGAGCCUAAUAUCAGAAAACAUCGAUAUCACAGUCGCAGAUAUCGCAGCAUGGCAGGCUGCCUGA